AUGCUGCCAAUUUUGCCUAAAUCACUCAAUACACACCACAAUCAAUUAGCGGAUAUAACAACAAAUACCCAAAACUCGCCCAGACAAAGUCCUACACAAAGUGUAAAUAAACGCAGUCCCAGCAUGAUAUUUCGCAUAGAGCACUUGCUACCGAAUACCUCGCCUACAGCCACAUUACCUCCCAACUCGAUCACUACUGGCGAAAGAACAAUGGAUCCUACGGAUUUAUCGCCACCCAAAAAGUCCAAAGUUAUGAGAGCUGGAGUACAUGUUACCCAGCUAACACCAAGAGAUACUAUUUCAGAAGCACUUGAUGCCCAAUCAUUGAUCAACUGCUCAGCAGCAACAGAAACCACGACACGUGCCUAUUGUUCGCUAUUAAAGGAGGGCGGCACUCUAAGCAUGACACCCAGUACAAUGCGAAAAAUUAAACUUUCCGAGGAUACACACAGUAACAAUGCACUAUUCGAAGUUAAUAAAGGACAGGUGGUUUUAAGGGUGGUGCGUGAUAUACAACGGGAUGACGAAAUUGUGGCCUGGUUUGGCGAGGAAGUCACUCUACUUAUGUCCAUACCAUUCUUAACGCCUCUCAAUAUACAGGGGAAUAAUCGCUACACGUGUCACUUGUGUCAUUUGACAUUUGAGACACCGAAUCCCUUGAAAAUUCAUCUGGCUUUGGGUUGUGGUCGUCAUAAUAUUGAUAUUCUGUGGAUACGCUUAUAUUAUGCCAUCAAAGCUACACAUUACACCCAACAUAUGUUGCCGCUGGCACUGCCAUUACCCGGUACCGCCACAUCAUCUAGGCUAUCGCCAGUGUUGCCUACAUCAUCGGCCACAUCUUCUUCAAUAUCUCCAUCGCAUUCACCUCAGCCCCAGCAACAACCACAACCGUCCAUAUCCAGAUUUUCCGCCUUUAAACCAAUCUGUUCAUCUGCCUCAAUUCAUCACCACCAUCUACAAACAUCAAUGGCGUCUGUAAUGGCCACUAACCUUAAUAUGGCCCCACAUCAUACUUCCACAGCACCACUCUCUUUUCUACCUUCUAUUUCCACUGCUGGCUUACCUCAUAUGAGUCUUUUGCAGCCUCCCUCCACGAAUCCCCUCAAUGCAGCUGCUCAAAUCGAAGCUAUAGUCAGUAAUAUGGGGGCCUCGAAGCAGGGUCACCUCUGCAUCUAUUGUGGCAAAGUGUAUUCCCGCAAAUAUGGCCUGAAAAUUCACAUACGUACUCACACCGGCUUUAAACCCUUAAAAUGUAAAUUCUGCCUAAGACCUUUUGGGGAUCCUAGCAACUUGAAUAAACACGUCCGUCUGCAUCUGCAAAACAGCGCCAAUAGCUCAUCAUCCGAAGGUUAUCAGUGCAAUUUGUGCCCCAAAACUUUGGGACGACGCAGAGAUCUGCAAAAGCAUAUGGAAACACGUCAUGGAUAUUCUAGUACAAGUGGUGUGGCAGAGAAAGGCGAAACAGCAAAUUCCAGUUAA